AUGACAAGCUGUGAAAUGCCAAUAAGCCCGAAGGCGAUUGAGCCCAGCUCUGUCUGCCAAACUCCACUUAUGCCGAUUGAAUUUCGUGUCUUCGUCGCAAAGUCAGCCACUUUGGGGGACUCUAAUACUGGUUCAAGACGACCCAGGAAUAUGAAAUCAGAAGAGGUGUCUGAAUUUGGCAAUAUCGUUGGGAACAUCAGAAACCCCGUGACCGUGUUGCAGCAAAAAAACUUCACCUCUACCUCCACUUCUACCAGUAGUAGCAGUUUGUGCUGCCGUGAAAAAAAUGGUUCCCGAACUACUACCAAUCGACAACCUGAAAAUUCCUUUGUUUCAGGCUUCCAGAGUCAGCCGCAUCGACUACUCCUGCAGCCAGACAGCCGAAUAGGCCAGUUGCGUGAGCAUAUGGCAGUACUUACGGGCAUUCCACCCAUUGCACAGCUAUGGCAGCCGACCACUGGUCGCGAAGAUGAGCAGAAUGAGGCACGAGGUAGCGACAGUGCAGAUUUCUGUUCUCUUACUGAAUAUGGCCAACAACGGCUUAGAAGUCAUUCCAUUCGUGAUAUUGACUCGGAUGGCAAUAUUUCUUCGAACAAACCGUCAUCCUUAAACUCUCCCAUCUGUCUGGAAGCCUUACUAAUUGAAUUGAACUGUCUUCCCUCGCUUCUGCCUUCGCCUUCGCUCCACCUCUCGAGUGCUUGCCACGAUUCUCCGGUCUCAUCUUUCACUUCUGUUUCUCAAACCACAAUCGCAGAAAAACCCAAACCUCCGGCGUCGGGGCAUCCAAACUCCUUCAAUUCUACUUAUCUCCCAGGACAAACGGAUGAGCUAUACUCGUCCAACAAUGUUGUGUCCCCUGCCGUGUCCGCCUCUUUUGCGGCAUGCAGCUCUAGGACUAGUUACUCACUGAGAGCGUUGCCCGAGACGGGCGCACAGCUAGCGGAUAAGUCGAAAAGUGCAUCAGACCAGAGUCGAACCCUGUCAGAACUCGGACUUCAACCUGGACAACUUAUUUCUUUAUUAGUGCGUUAG